UCCCUAUUCCCUAACCCAUUUUACCCAAAAACUCUCUCUCUCUCUCUCUCGUCGCCCUCUUCCUCAACCUUAUUCAUUUUCCCUCUGAAGAGAUCUCUGCAAGUUUUUUUUUUUCAAUCUCGGUGAAGUUCACUGACUAUGUGAGAGAGAGGAUUUGCAGAAGUAGGAAUGGCAUAUAUGUGCACAGACAGUGGAAAUCUAAUGGCGAUUGCGCAGCAAGUCAUCAAGCAGAAGCAGCAGCAGCAAGAGCAGCAGCAACAGCACCACCAGCAGCUCCUGCCAAUCAACUCCUUCUGCGUCAAUCCAUGGCUUCCGACGACAUCUUCCGCCGCGGCGGCGGCGGCUACUCCCCUCACUUAUGGCCUCACCGCCGGAUUCGCCGAUCCAUUUCAGGUACCGGCGGGAGCGGAAGCGGCUGAGGCUGGAUUUCAGUUCCCAAACCUGGAUCACCACUCCGGUGGAUUCCGAUAUACAGACCUAUGCGGCGGACCAGGCGGCGAGUUCGACUCCGACGAGUGGAUGGAGAGCUUAAUGGGCGGCGGCGGCGGCGGCGGAGAUUCGACGGAGAGCUCCAACCCCCAACCGGAUUGCGAGGCUUGGCAGACUAGUUCCGAGUUCACUCACCUCUACCCUACCGAUCCGUUCCCGAGUCGACUCAGCAUUAACUCGUCCGCCGCCGCCGCCCCUUCCGAUCUCAACAGAGUUAUCUUCUCCGAGCCUCCUCCGCCGUCCUCCGUCUGGCUCCCGCCGGCCUCCGCUCCCCUACCAUCAAAGCAACCACCCUCCGUGGUAGAACCUACUCCAGCUACCGGCAAAAACGACGUCGCAGCGACCGCCGAAGCUUCCACUAGCUCGCCAGAAGCUUCCCCUAAAGUGAAGCCAAUUUUGAAAUCCCUAAUCGACUCCGCGCGCCUCUCCGAAUCCGACCCCGAAGCCGCCGUGAAAUCGCUGAUCCGCCUCCGCGAAUCGACCUCGCAGACCGGAGAUCCUCUGGAGCGAGUGUCGUAUUACUUCUCAGAAGCUCUCCGCAGCAGAAUAUCCCAACAAUUGGAGGGCACCGCCGCCGCCGUCUGCGACUCCAUCUCCGAAGAGUACACUCUAUCCUACAAGGCUUUCAACGACGCCUGCCCCUACUCCAAAUUCGCUCAUCUCACGGCCAAUCAAUCCAUCCUCGAAGCCACCGACAAGGCCACAAAAAUCCACAUAGUCGAUUUCGGAGUCGCGCAGGGAAUCCAAUGGGCGGCUUUUCUUCAAGCACUGGCGACCCGCCCCAACGGAAAACCCGAACGGAUCCGCAUUUCCGGCAUCCCUGCGCCGGCGUUGGGCGUCUCUCCGGCAUCGACGCUUCUAGCCACGGGAAACAGGCUCCGAGACUUCGCGAAGCUUCUAGAUCUGAACUUCGAGUUCGAGGGGGUCUUGACGCCCGUCGAAGAACUGAAUACAUCCAGUUUCAAAGUCGAACCAGAUGAGGCUGUGGCGGUGAACUUCAUGCUCCAAUUGUACAAUCUUCUAGACGAGAGCAAUCAAGGAGUGGAGGCAGCUCUCAAGCUAGCAAAAUCAUUGAAUCCCUGCGUCGUCACUCUGGGUGAGUUCGAGGUGAAAUUGAACGGCGUGGGGUUUCUACACAGGUUCAAGAACGCCCUAAAGUACUACACCGCAAUCUUCGAGUCGCUGGAGCCGAACCUCGGCCGUGACUCGGCGGAGCGCCUCCAGACCGAGAGUCUACUGCUAGGGCGGCGAAUCGGGCGGGUGGUUGGGGGAGAAGGAGAAGGAAGAAGGGCUCGAAUGGAGGACAAGGAAGGGUGGAGGGUACUGAUGGAAGGGGCGGGGUUUCAGCCGUUGGUGUUCAGCCAUUACGCACUGAGCCAAGCGAGCAUACUCCUGUGGAACUACAGUUACAGCGCGAUGUACAAGCUUGUUGAGUCUACUCCACCUGGCUUCCUCUCUUUGUCUUGGAAUGAUGUACCUAUUCUCACUGUCUCUUCAUGGCGCUGAGCUCAUCAAUUUGGUUGGUUGGUUGGUUGAUUUCUUCCUUUCUUUUUAAUCAAUCAGUCACACACUCUGGAUCAAUCUCUACUGGUUUGGAAUAGAAAAGAUGAAUUAUUUACUGCUCA